AUGCAGGUGUGCAUACAGAUGUGCACCGAGCCCCCCCACACUCCCACCCAGUACCCCCAGUACACCCUCAGAGCCUCCAGCCUGACGGAGGACGAGGACAUCCAGCGGAUGCUGCGGGGCUCCCUGCUCCGGAAGAUCAAGUCCCGGCGGGGUCCCAGGGAGCGGCUGUUCCGCCUGCAGGAGGACGGGGCGACCAUCUGCUUCGAGGGGCGCUUCGGACGCGCUCGCUCCCAGCAGAGCUUCUUGGUGAUGAACAUCGAGGGGGUACGCGAGGGACGCCAGUCAGAGGGUCUACGCAAGUACGGUGCUGACUUCCCCGAGCGGCACUGCUUCACCCUCGUCUUCAAGGGCAAGCGCAAGAACCUCGACCUGGCCGCCCGGGGCGAGGAAGAUGCCCGCCACUGGGUGCAAGGGCUCACCAAGCUGAUGGGGCGGCUGCAAGCCAUGAGUCAAUCAGAGAAGCUCGACCACUGGAUCCAUGGGGUCCUGCAGCGAGCAGACAGUAACAAGGACAACAAGAUGUCCUUCCGGGAGGUGAAGAGCAUGCUGAGGAUGAUCAACAUUGACAUGGAUGAUGUCUACGCCUACAAGCUCUUCAAGGAGUGCGACCGCUCGGGCAACGAGCGGCUGGAGGGCUGGGAGCUGGAGGAGUUUUGCCGACGGCUGCUGCGGCGGCCAGAGCUGGAGGAGCUUUUUGGGCGUUACUCGGGCGAGGACCGUGUCCUGUCGGCCGAGGAGCUGCGGGAUUUCCUACGGGAUCAGGGCGAGGACGCCAGCCUGCGCCAGGCCUGCGCUCUCAUCCGCACCUACGAGCUCAACGAGAAGGCCAGGCAGCAGGACCUGAUGAUGCUGGACGGCUUCAUGAUGUACCUCCUCUCAGCCGCCGGUGACAUCCUCAACCAGGAACACACCAAGGUGCACCAGGACAUGAGCCAGCCCCUGUGCCACUACUUCAUCUCCUCCUCACACAACACCUACCUGACCCGCAACCAGAUCGGUGGCACCAGCAGCACCGAAGCCUAUGUCAGGGCGCUGAUGGCGGGAUGCCGUUGCGUGGAGCUGGACUGCUGGGAGGGCUCUGAUGGGGAACCCAUUGUCUACCACGGCCACACGCUCACCUCCAAAAUCCUCUUCCGCGAUGUCAUUGAGAGCAUCCGCGACUAUGCCUUCAAGCAAUCACCCUACCCCGUCAUCCUGUCCCUGGAGAACCACUGUGGGCUGGAGCAGCAGGCCACCAUGGCCCGGCACAUGAAAGCCAUCCUGGGGGACAUGCUGCUGACGCAGCCGCUGGAGGGGCAGGACCCCCACGACCUCCCGUCCCCGGAGCAGCUGAAGGGGAAGGUCCUGGUGAAGGGCAAGAAGCUGCCAGAGCCGUGGCACGAGCCCUGUGGUGUCACCUCCCUUCCGGACCCCGAGGAGGAAGAAGAGGAGGAGGAGGAAGAGGAGGAGAAGCUGCAAGAGAGAAGCAGCCGGCAGUCGCUGCAGUCGCUGCAGGAGAUCAGACCUCUGCAGGCCAAGGACGCGUCACAGGUGGCCCCAGAGCUGUCGGCCGUGGUGGUGUACUGCCAGGCUGUCCCCUUCCCCGGCCUGCCCGAUGCCCUGCGCCACCCCCGGCCCUGCGAGAUGUCCUCCUUCAGCGAGAGGAAGGCUCGGAAGCUCAUCAAGCAGGCGGGCCCGGCACUGGUCCAGUACAACGCCCAGCAGCUCAGCCGCGUCUACCCGCUGGGGCUGAAGAUGAACUCCUCCAACUACAACCCCCAGGAGAUGUGGAACGCUGGCUGCCAGCUGGUGGCCCUCAACUUCCAGACGCCGGGCUACGAGAUGGACCUGAACGCCGGGCGCUUUCUAGGCAAUGGGCGCUGUGGCUACGUGCUGAAGCCCCCCUGCCUGCGCAGCCCCCCCGGAGAGGGGACCCGCCACCUGGCGCUGCACGUCAGGGUGAUCACGGCGCAGCAGCUGCCCAAGCUGAACAGGGAGAAGGGGAGCUCCAUCGUGGACCCCUUCGUGCGGGUGGAGAUCCACGGGGUCCCGGCCGACUGCAGCAAGCAGCAGACCCACCACAAGCUCAACAAUGGCUUCAACCCGCGCUGGGAGGAGACGCUGAGCUUCCAGCUGCGGGUGCCCGAGCUGGCCCUGGUGCGCUUCGUGGUGGAGGACUACGACAGCACCUCCUGCAAUGACUUCGUAGGGCAGUUCACCCUGCCCCUGGCCAGCAUGAGGGAAGCUUUGGAAACCUUUGGCUGGGAGGGCAGGAGCAUCUCAGAGCUCUUUGUGGACACGGUUCAUGUAACGUCGGGAGGCGGCAGGCUGCCCGGGUGCUUGCUUCCCAAGAUGUCUUGA